AUGAUGGGCUUCAGCCAAGAUAUCACAUCAGCUGUCGGGAUCGCUGACUUGCCCUUGGACAUCCUUCGACAAAUAUUCGCAGUCUUCGAGCCACCAUAUGGCAACAGAAAUGGCAAGAUCGAUUUCCCCGCCCUGAAUUCAUUCUUCGGCAGUGACGAACAUCGCACUAUCAAGAAUGCACGACUGGCCUGCUGGGCAUUGAAUGUCGCCUCUAGCCCACUGCUCUGCCCGAUUCUACACGUUUCUCUCGACCAGGCAUCUCUAGAGCGUGCCAAGAAUCUAUGCUCGAAUCCUCUGAUUCUCUACGGCAUUCGAGGGGUACAAAUUUGUCUCACCUAUCGGCCAAGCGAGACGGCCAAUAGCCUUCAGCGAUACAAGGACUUCCGGCUGAAUGAACUUCAGAGUAUUUACGACACCCACGGGCGGUCUGAAGAGGAAGCGGGUGACUCGCGCUCGCCGUAUGGGGACCAAGAGGGAUCCGAUGCCCUUGACUUUUCAACACUUCGGCGUGCGUGGAAUGUCGGGCCAUAUACCAAACUCGUUUUGUCGGACGAAGAAAGAUCAUAUCAGGACCUUCUCAAAGAAUCAUAUGAGACGUACAAGGAACAUCACGAAGCACAGUCAGGGCUUGUUUCAGACAACACCUUUGUGUCCACGGUGGCAUCGCUCCUCGCGAGGCUCAAUCACCCACUCUCCCUACAUCUCGUCAGCUAUCCGUAUCCCCCUCGUGUGCCCGGAUCACGGAUGCCAUUAGCAAGCCGGUCCAAGUUUCUCCAAUUCAUGGACGCGCCGCAUGACUGGGACAGCAUUGAGAAACUGUCGAAUGGCCCAGGCGUGUUCAAUCUGAGUAAACUUCUCGUGGACCUCCCAAUCGCCUGCCACGAAGCAGGGGCUGCUCCUCCAAAUGCUCAAGUUGAAGAAUUCGACUGGAAAGGACUGGGCGCUGCCUUUCAAAGGAUCGAAACAUUCCACUUUGGCCCCUUUUUCCGCCACAGAAAGGCUCCCUAUACGAGACGAUUCCGGUCUACGCUCGACCAAGGCUUUGUCGACAAACUACUUGGAUCUGCUACUUCAAGUCCCAGCCUACAUCAUUGCAGCCUGAAUAUGGACCGUUUUGGAUUGCGUGGCGGAGGUUGGACGAAGCACGGUGUUCUGACUUUCAACUAUAAUCUCGACGCCGUUGUAUCCCAAAUUUGCUCCCACAAGUUGAAUAUUAUGAGACUAGGCUAUGCUUCCAUUGAAGAGAGAAGUUUGGAAUGGCUGUGUGAGAACCUAGCCGAGGAACCAGAAGCCCUCCAGAUGAGUAAUGUUCGCUUUACGAACGGACGUAAUUCGGUGGCGAUCUUGGAUCAACUGUCUGCCAAACUCGCCAGUGCCAUAUCAGAGGAGAAGUUCAGGGUUGUUUUUUCAAAUUUGUCAUAG